UAUUUCCUUUCUCAUAUCAUCUAGUUGAUAUUAUUUAUCAUUAACUAGAAAGAAAACAAUUAUCUUAUUCCCCUUGCCAUUUCCUUUCUCUUCAAAGGCUUUGUUCUACUUCAUUCUCUUUUCUGGGUGCUCUAAUGGUUUUUGAAGCAGGUAGUUCAACAGCUUGAAUUAAUAGGAGUUAACCUUCUCUGGGUCUUUUCUGGGUAGUCUUAACACUUCUCUUUAUUUUUUCCAUGUGGUUUUGCCUUCUUUUUAUUAAGCUUUAUUUUCAUAAUUGUUGUUAGUUGAACCUUUCUUACUUGGAACUCUAUUUGUUCUUGCUUUAUUUCAAGCUCUAGCUUUAUUGCAUUGAAUUCAGUAGGGCCUUGCUCAUGUUUCUACCUAGGGAGCUGUUGGAAAAGUACUUUUCUUGUUUUAUUCAUCCUAGCUGCCUCCUGAGCUGCUGGAGUUUCAGAUGCAUAUAGCCAUUAAACUUCAUCAGUCUCUCUAGUUAUUCAUCUUCAAUAUGCCUCCUACAUAUUUCCCUCUUCGCUGGGAAAGCACUGGAGACCAAUGGUGGUAUGCAUCUCCCAUAGAUUGGGCAGCAGCUAAUGGCCACUAUGACUUGGUCCGGGAGCUUCUUCGGGUAGAUGGCAAUCACCUCAUCAAGCUUACCUCUUUGAGGAGGAUCCGCCGCCUUGAGACUGUCUGGGAUGAUGAAGAGCAGUUUGAUGAUGCUGCUAAGUGUCGUUCUCAAGUUGCAAGGAAGCUUUAUAUUGAAUGUGAAUCAAAGAAAGCAAAGAAUUCCCUCAUUAAAGCUGGCUACGGUGGAUGGCUUAUAUACACUGCUGCCUCUGCUGGAGACUUGGAUUUCGUUCGAGAACUUCUUGAUAGAAAACCUCUACUUGUUUUUGGAGAAGGGGAGUAUGGUGUUACUGAUAUUCUUUAUGCUGCUGCCAGGGGUAAAAACUCUGAGCUUUUCAGGCUUAUAUAUGACUUUGCCGUGUCACCAAGGUUUUUGACAGCCAAAGCUGAAGGAUCUAAGGAGCACAUUGGAGACAUUCCUUCUGUUUAUAAGUGGGAGAUAACAAACAGAGCUGUUCAUGCUGCUGCUAGAGGAGGAAAUUUAAAGAUUUUGAAGGAGCUUCUUAGUGACUACACAGAUAUUUUGGCUUAUAGAGAUAAACGUGGUUCCACUGUAUUACAUACUGCUGCUGGCAGAGGCCAGGUUGAGGUGGCUAAAAAUCUUGUUGAAUCUUUUGAUAUCAUCAACUCCGUGGAUGAUCAAGGCAACACAGCAUUGCAUAUUGCUGCUUACAGGGGCCAAGCAGCAGUUGUAGACGCUUUGAUUCUUGCGUCUCCCUCGUUGAUCUCUGCAAGAAACAAGGCUGGAGAAACAUUUCUCCAUCUGGCAGUGUCCGGUUUCCAAACACCUGCUUUUCGAAGAGUGGAUCGACAGAUUAAUCUUAUGAAGCAAGUCGUACACGCAAAAAACUUCAACAUGGAAGACAUUAUUAAUGCUAAAAACAAUGAUGGUAAGACUGCUCUUCACUUGGCCAUUAUUGGGAAUGUUGACACUGAUCUAGUUGAACUACUGAUGUCUGCACAAUCAAUUAAUGUGAACAUCCGUGAUGCCAACGGAAUGACUCCACUUGAUCUUCUCAGACAAAGGCCUCGUUCUGCUUCAUCAGACAUACUUAUUAGGCACUUGAUUUCAGCUGGAGGGAUGUUUGGUUGUCAGGAUGACACUGCAAGAAGAGCAAUUGCUUCACACUUAAAGAUGCAAGGUCAUGGAAGUAGUCCUGGAACUUCUUUCAGAAUAUCCGACAUAGAAAUCUUCUCGUCUACAGGUGUUGAGACCACAUCGGAUGCCAGUGAUGUUGGUAGUGGAGGAAGGAGUCGUUCAUGCUCAACAGAUUUUGGCUCAGCUGAUGAAUACAGAAAGUCAUCAGCUGGUAAAAAACCAGGUUCUACGAACAAUGCAGCGCAGCGAUUGAAAAGUGUUAUCCAUUGGCCUCGGUUGAAGGAGAAAAAGACUGAAAGAUUGAAGAAAUCAAUAAAUGAGGGUUGCUCGGAAGAAACUCCAAUCCCACUUAGACAGAGAUUUUCAAAGCCCUCAUCACUUCCUAACAACAAGAGGACACUUUCUGUAAGGAGUAAUCAGUCCACUCCAAUUGCAAAGAAGAAACAUGCUUCAGGGAUGAUGCAUGGUGUUAUGCAAGCCUUGCCACAGUUAACUAUUCCUGGAAGAUCGAGCUCGAGUUCAUUCUCGAAGUCAUCUUUCAUUGGCAGUGAUGUUGCUGGACCAUCUUGUUCCAAUCCAAGUCUUGAUGAUGAAAAACCAAACACAAUUGUGAAGCAAGGGUCCACCAAAAAGGGGUCAAGGAGUCAGUAUUUCUGUUUUGGAGGUUCAAGUCUGGCUGUGAAAACCCCAGUUAGCAGGCAGAGGCAGAACCAGAUUACCGUCAAUCCUGACAUGGUCUCAAUGGCUUGAUUGUCUCUGACAGGAAGAGUUGGGUCCAGAAAUGAUCUGAAGGCCAACCAUCUGAAUCUAUGUAAAAGGCAACUGACAUAGAAGAAAGAUUAGCAAGAUCUGUAACUUGCUGCCUGUUUUAUAGGUCUACGUUCUUUACUUGUUAGAUUUAAAAAAAAAACAACCUGUUAUGUCUGAAAUAAACUGUUCAUGUUCCAGUGCAAAAGAAGUAGCUGAGAAACAAAUGUAAUGUAAGCAGUUUGCUUUAUGUGUAUCUAAGCUAAGCAGCUGAGAUGUUGCUGCAAUGUUCAAAGUUCUAACACGUAAUAUAAAGUGCUUACAACCGCCAAUUAUA